AUGUCUGACAAGACGAGGCAGUCUUCUGGCGGCCGGUCUUUAUUCUCACGAAGUAAGCACAAAGACAAGCGCUUGACCGAAGAAUCGAGAUACCCCGCAGACGAUGCCGCCAGUUUUCGCUCCUCGCGCCACAAACGAGAGUCGUCUGCCAUUUCGCUGGAUCGCCCAGAAUCUUCUGAUGGCGGUAUCAACCAGAUGGCGGGCGUAAUUACGUCGAUACCCUAUGAUGCCGUUGGAGGAGGAUCACGCUCUCCCAUACCUGUCGAGUAUCUGCCCAAGGGCGAGCAGAUGCCAGUGCGCCGUGAACCUCUCCCGCACCACCUGAACAAAAGUGGCCUGGACUUUCACCAAUACCCGAGCUGGGAUGGGACAUCAGCACAGUCUGGUGCCCACUCCCCCGGGCGACAACCUCUUGGUUAUGGAUAUGGCAAUGUUACUAUGGCUUCAACGGGCCGUCAGACCCAAUAUCAGCAAUGGGGUCCGCCUAGGGGCAGCUCUUCCCACUCGAAUAAUCCUCCCAACCCUCGAUACGACUCAUAUAUGUCAUCUAAUGCUCGGGGCUCGGCUGAUAACCUGAGCAUUCAGUCAGGUAAUCCAGGUUUCAUUGAUGGAAGGAUAUCACGCUCACAAAAUGUAGCUAUGCCCAGUGCCUCUUCUCAAAGCUCUUAUGCUGCUUCUCAGCACUCGAACCGCGAUUCUCACCGGUUUACCAAAUUUCCGUCUGGGCCCCCUCCAGGACAAAGCGAUCCACAGGGUGGUUUCUAUUUCCCAAAACCAGACGACGAUAAUGUGGUCGAACAGAUGUUCCUCCAGCUAAUGCAGAAGCGAGGAUGGCACAAUCUCCCUGAGCAGGCCAGGAGACAGAUGAUGGCAUACCCCGCCCAGAAGAAGUGGACGCUGAUCUAUCAGGAUCGACUUACUGAAUGGCAAGGCGAGCAGAAGCGCCGACAAACAGCACGCCCGAACCAGUAUACUGCGACUCCCGAUAUCACGACGUACUCAGACGAAGAAGGCACUCCUGAAUGGUAUGUGCGGCGAGUUAUGGAGGAUCGCCUUGACACGAAAGGUAUGGGAAGUUUGGAAGUCAAUUUGCGAACACAACAAAUUGGUUGGGUCAAAAGAUUCGUCGAGUGUCAGGGACAGGUCGCUCUGAUGACCUUGCUGCUUAAGAUCAACCGCAGGACAGCACAGGGACCAGUCCAGGAUAACACCCGUAUCGACAAGAACCUCGAUCGCGAGUACGACAUUAUCAAGUGUGUAAAGGCGCUUAUGAACAACAAAUUCGGCGCCGACGAUGCCUUGAUCCACCAAAAGGUCAUGGUAGCCCUUGCUAGCUCUCUUAUAUCUCCUCGUCUCACCACGCGGAAGCUUGUCAGCGAGAUCAUAACCUUCCUAUGCACCUGGGGAGAGAAUGCCGAAGGUCAUCUGAAGGUCAUUCAGGCGCUGGACGAGGUUAAGACCGCAUCUGGAGAAAAUGGCCGAUUCGAUGCUUGGAUGCGUUUGGUGGAGGUCACCAUUGAUGGUAGGGGCAAGAUGGGAAGUUUGGUCGGUGCCAGCGAAGAAUUGAGGACUGGAGGUAUUGGGAUGGAGAACUUGCUUAUGGAAUACGCCGUUGCGACUCUCAUGCUCGUCAACAUGAUCAUUGAUUCGCCCGAGAGAGAUCUGGAGUUGAGGAUACACAUUCGAGCCCAGUUUACAGCAUGUGGUAUCAAGCGAAUCUUGACGAAGAUGGAGGAGUUCCAAUACGAACUCUUGGACAAGCAGAUUGAACGGUUCAGAACAAACGAAGCCAUUGACUAUGAGGAUAUGCUUGAGAGGGAGAAUAGCAGUAUCAAGGACGAUGUCGAAGGCGAGGUCAAGGAUCUGACUGACCCCGUUCAAAUCGCCGAUGCUAUCCAGCAGCGUCUUCAUGGUACAAAGACCAAUGACUACUUCAUUUCGGCCCUGCAGCAUCUUAUGCUCAUCCGAGCUAAUGAUGGCGAGGAGCGCCUGCGCAUGUUCCAGUUGGUCGAUUCCAUGCUUAGCUACGUUGCCAUGGAUCGGCGACUGCCGAACAUGGAUCUCAAGCAGAGUCUCAACUUCACGGUUCAAAGUCUCCUUGACAAAUUGCAUACAGACUCAGAAGCGAGGCAAGCCCAGGAUGAGGCUCUCGAGUCGCGACAAAUCGCCGAGGCCGCGAUGGCUGAGCGCGAUGAGAUGAAGGCUCAGCUUGAGCUGGGGGCUGAUGGCCUGGUUGCCAAAUUACAGAAGCAACUGGACGAGCAAUCUCGAUUCAUUGACGCUCAAAGAAGACAGGCAGACGGUCUCAAAGCCGAAUUGGACAGUAUGCAAACUAUGAGAGCCAAGGAAGCCCAGCGAUAUGAGUUGGAAACAAGAGAGCUAUACCUGAUGCUUCGAGAUGCGCAGGACGUAGCUGCUUCCAAGGCGAUCAAAAGCGCUGCGGCUGCUAGCGCCAGCGCCAGCACCAGCAGCAAGGUGACUGCCCCUGAGGAUCCUGCUCGUAUGCAGGGUAUCCUGGAUCGCGAACGCCUCAUGGAGCGGUUACAGAUGCAGAUCGAGCGGCAGAAGACACAAUACAAGCUUGAGGGACGUGUUUGGGGAGACGCUGUUGGGCCUUCAGACCGUCUUCGAGCCCUGCGCGAAGAGAUGGACGACAGGCCUGGAACACCUCCUGGUGGUGGUACGCCUCCCCGGGACUUCACCAACAGCGUUCUGGGCAGCAUCCACCGCAAUACCAAGAUUCCACGCAAGCCCCUUAAGAGACGCUCUGAUGGUGAAGUGAUCGAUGAGGACGACGAGACUGAGGGCGAGGACGGUGUCAUCUUCGAGAAGCCCAGAAUCGUCGAGAUGAAGCGACCUACGAUAGACCCCAAGCAGCAAGCUGGCUUGCUUGGUGAGAUUGGUUCCAAGGUCAAGAAGUUCGAUGCCAGUGAUUCUGAGGAUGACACUACCGGUCCUUCUCACCCUAGUAUGGAGACUUCAUCACCCAUUACUCCCCCAGGUGAUAGUGAAACUCCCAAAAUCGAAGUCACUGGUGCUGCUCCUCCACCUCCGCCGCCACCUCCACCACCUCCAAUGCCCGGUCAAAUACCCGGAGCUCCGCCGCCUCCUCCUCCUCCGCCUCCGCCCAUGCCGGGCCAGAUUCCUGGUGCCCCUCCGCCUCCGCCCCCCUUGCCUGGCAUGUUGAUGCCAGGUGGUGGACCUCCUCCUCCCCCACCACCGCCUCCGUUGCCUGGUGCUGGAGGUAUGCCUCCUCCCCCACCUCCUCCUUUGCCUGGUGCUAUGUCUGGGCACUUCUUGGCUCGACAACCCGCUUUCGGGGCUGCACCAAGCAUUGGCCUGCCAGUGGUUCGUCCCAAGAAGAAGCUCAAGGCCCUGCAUUGGGAGAAGGUCGAUGCUCCUGAGACUAGUCACUGGGCAGCCCAUACACCCUCUGCCGAAGCCCGAGAGGAGAAGUAUCAGGAGCUCAGCAAGAAGGGUAUUCUAGACGAGGUUGAGAAACUGUUCAUGGCUAAGGAGAUCAAGAAGAUUGGUAUAGGAAGCUCUUCUAAGAAGGAUGACAAGAAGCAAAUCAUCUCUUCUGAUCUCCGCAAGGCCUAUGAAAUUGCCUUCGCCAAGUUUUCACAGUACUCUGUCGAAAAGGUUGUUCAAAUGAUCAUUCACUGCGAUCCAGAGAUUCUAGACAACACUGUAGUGAUGGACUUUUUACAGAAGGACGACCUCUGUAAUAUCCCCGACAACACAGUCAAGCAAAUGGCACCGUACAGCAAGGACUGGACUGGACCUGAUGCCAAGUCUCAAGACCGUGAACUUGAUCCCUCGGAGCUCACUCGACAAGAUCAGCUUUACCUCUACACGGCUUUUGAGUUACACCACUACUGGAAGAGUCGAAUGAGGGCCCUUGCUCUUACUAGAAGCUUUGAGCAAGAGUACGAAGAGAUUAACGAGAAGAUCCGACAGGUUGUGACAGUAUCUGAGUCGCUACGCGAUUCCGUUUCAUUGAUGAACGUUCUUGGCCUUAUUUUGGAUAUUGGUAAUUACAUGAACGAUGCGAACAAGCAAGCACGUGGUUUCAAGCUCAGCUCCCUUGCAAGAUUGGGUAUGGUCAAGGACGACAAAAACGAGUCAACGUUGGCCGAUCUCGUGGAACGUAUUGUACGGAACCAAUACCCUGAGUGGGAGACAUUUGCAGAUGAUAUCAACGGAGUCAUGACGGCACAGAAGAUCAACAUUGAGCAGCUUCAGGCGGAUGCGAAGAAGUACAUCGACAAUAUUCGAAACAUUCAAAUGUCGUUGGAUUCUGGUAAUCUAAGCGACCCCAAGCAGUUCCAUCCCCAGGACCGAGUGAGUCAAAUCGUCCAACGCAUUAUGAAGGAAGCCAGAAGAAAAUCCGAACAGAUGGAGCUGUACUUGGAAGAGAUGAUGAAGACAUACAAGGAUAUCAUGGUGUUCUACGGCGAGGACCCCGCAGAUGAUGGUGCCCGCCGAGAUUUCUUUGCCAAGUUGGCAUUGUUCGUGGGAGAGUGGAAGAAGUCUCGUGACAAGAACGUGCAGGUGGAAGAGACAAGGAAGCGUAACGAGGCGUCAAUGAAACGGAAGCAUACAGCACAACUCAAACUUACCAACGCCAACGCCGAGGCAGGGCCCACGUCUCCAUCCAAUACCGGCGCCAUGGACUCCCUCCUGGAGAAGCUACGUGCAGCUGCGCCGCAAGCUCGGGACCAGAGAGACCGAAGAAGGCGUGCGCGACUCAAGGACCGUCACCAGGUCCGCGUCGCGUCAGGACAAAAGAUUCCAGACCUCGACGAAAUCCCAGAAGUGGAAGCUGGCCUCAAGAACAAGGAGGAACCAGCCGAAGACGACACUAAAGUGCUCAGCCCCGGCCUCUCAUCACCUCGUGAAGGUGAAGACGACGUUGCCGAUAGAGCAGCAGCUCUUUUACAAGGCAUGCGCGGUGGCGAUGGCGCAGAUGACAACGAUCCCGAGAGGAGAGAAACCCUUCGAAAAGCCAGACGGCAAACAGCAGAGGAAGAGAGGAGGCUACGAAGACGGCGAAGAGAAAGGGCGACCACAAAUCAGCCAGAAGAGAACCCCGACGAGCAAAAGGAAGAACCCAGGGAAGAGCCAAAGAUAGAAGAAGGAGAGGCAGCCAAAGAGCCGCCGAAGGAAGAAGAAGUGCCUAUAGAAGAUGAUAUUCCAACACCUAGAGCAGCGACUACCAGCGACGGUGCCCCAGAGGAAGAGCAAGGGGAAAAGGCAUAG